AGGAGGUUGCUCAAGCGCGAGCUGCGUGAAUCACAACUGAAUUUUGAAGUGAAGUGACACGCCUACGCACUCCAGCGGCUGGCGCUCUGUGAGCAGACGAGUAGCUGCGACUCGGCUCGGCGGACGGGACUUCAGGUCAUCAUCAGUGUGAGGCGGAAAGGAGUGUGAAGCACAAAGAGGGCAAGGCGUGCUUCUCAGUGUGGAGUUGACUGGCCAACUAGCGCAUCAUGAAGACCUGCACCGCUCUUUUGCCGCUGGCGAUCUGUGGAUUUUUUCUAAGCUGUGGAGUGUUGCACGCAUGUGAUAGUUGGGAGCCCGACAGAAGUAACAUACACAACGUCUGCUGCAAAAAGUGUUCUGCAGGUUCUCGCCAUACCGGAGUGUGUGGACCUGAUCAAUCCACUUUGUGUGUUUCCUGUGUGCCCGGCACCUUCAAUAUUGACCCAGAAAGUUCUUCUUGCACAAGAUGUCGGAUCUGUACUGGUAAACUUACUGUCAAGGAACCUUGCACAAGUACAAGAAACACAGUGUGUACCUGUGUGGAAGGCUUUAAGUGUGUGGAUGCAGAAUGUUCCAGGUGCAUAAAGCAAUGUGGCAAAGGAGAAGAGACCUUCGAGAGUGGUUGCAAGAAAUGUGAUUCUGGAACCUUCAAUGACAAGGUGGAUGGGAUUUGCAAGCCAUGGAAAAAAAGAUGCAGAAAUGGAGAAAUUAUUAAGCAGAACGGCACUGCUGAAAGCGACGUGCUCUGUGAGCCAAUCCAGACUACACCAAGCACAGUGACUGCCAUGACUGUCGUGGUUACAAAGAAACCCAACACUCAAUCAGGUCUAGAAAUGGCUGCUUUGUUGACUGCUGCAAGCGUGACCAUGAUAGUUAUAUUAGUUGUGCUGGUGAUGUUUUUUGUGACACACAUCUACAAGAAGAAAGGUGCAGGCUUACCAGUGGCCAAGACCCCUGUUGUCCAAGUUGCCCAAGAAGAGGACACCCGAAGCUGUCGGUGCCCUGAAGAGGAGCAGGGAGACAGUGAAGACAGCAGUGAAAUGUGCAGCAAACUCCUGUUAGCGUGACACACCACUCAGACAAACUAAGAUGGAGUAGCAUGGUGUAUGAACACACUAGGAUGAAAUGAAGGACUGUGAUGAGCAUUUCAGAUUUUAUCCUCAUCUUCAAUUAAGACAUUUAAUUCUAUAGGACUCCAGUUCAAGAAGACUGAACCGUCUGUCACCCUAGAGACUCAUGGAUGUGCAUGCAGCACAGAUGGAACGAGAAGUGACAGCUUCUGAAACUGACACCGAAGACAUUUUGCCAUUUUUGAACAAUUUACCAACAUCACUCCUGCUAAUGCCUAUAGAAGGAAAUUGUCCAUUUUUGAAUGGCUCGCCCACAUCACGUUUGUCUGGAUGCUCAGAGGGCUCCCAUCAAUCCCAGUCCACAUCUUUUGGAAUACUGAAGAUGUCAUGCUAAACUCUGGGAAAGCUCAUGGAAUGUCCCCUGCAGGGCUCUCCAUGGUGACAAUGUGCCAUUACUUUUAGGAGAGCAGUCUUUCUGAAGUGAACCUUUUUUUGUUUCUUUAUGUACUUUGUUAUUUCCCUGAUCUAUUCACCAGCGGCAACACUCAGGAAGCUGACAGAACCACACAUGCCAAUAUUUAAUUCAGACUGCCAGUCAGUCAGUCAUUAUCCAACCCGCUACAUGCUAACACAGGGUCACGGGGGUCUGCAGGAGCCAAUCACAGCUA